UAUUGUUGUAUAACAAUUCUUUAAUGAUUGUAAAUUGGAAAGUGUUUUUAUUCUAUCAAAUUAUGCAGUAUUUAUUGCCUUAUCACAGCUAGAAGUUAUUUAAAAAAUUAAGUAUCCCUGAUUGUAGUUUCUUAUUUUCUAUAAUUAUUAUGUUUUUUUUAUGUAAGUUUUUAUAUAAUUUUGUUUAAUUAUUGUUUCUUUCACAUUUGUGUAGUUUGGGUUUCAUUAAUUUUAUUAUUUAAGUGUGACAUUAUGCAAGAAGUCUAGCUUUUUUUUACAACCAGAUGCUCACCUGACUUUAAUCUUUUUUGCAGAUUAGGACUGAGUAUUUAUAGUGUGAUAAUAUUUUUUGGAAGACUACCAUCCAAACUUUCCAAAAUCUUUUUACCUUUACCUACAAUUAUAUUAAUGUUUUUAUACCAGAAUUUUAUUUCUAGUUUAUUUGUUUUCAGCACAGCUAAAAAGCCUCACCUGCCCUAAUAUAGAAUCAGUUUAUUGUCAGAUAUACUUAGAUAAAUUAUAUCUGUACUCAAUUAAACAUCUGUAGGGAUUUCAGUAGAUAUAUUAAUUCAGGCUUUGCACAGGCAGUACUUUCAAAGGUGUUUUAAAAUGACAAAAAAGUUUUUUUUUCCAUUAAAGUUCUUUUCUUUCUUUGUUUGAUAACCAUCUGGAUUAAGUUCCAUAUUUAAAAGUUAGCAAAAUAUAUUUGUCCUCUGUUGACCUAAAUCUGUGUGUGUAGAUUUUCGGUAUCAGAGGUCACAGUUGUAUAUAUUACAUAUAUUAUACUAUCAUUUAGUUAAGGGCAAGGGCACAGUUGGUAAAAAGGUCAGGUUUAGCCCUGAUCGUUUACUAUUUUAAUAUAUUAAAAUACAGCAACUAUAGUAACAGUUUUAUGUCAUAUUAUGCAUUGGUGAUUGUCAAAAAAAUAUUUAAACAACUUGAAUGUUUCAAUUUUACAACAUAUUUUACCAAAAUGUUUUAGUUUUAUAUUUUUGAUAAACUUAUUGUCAAAAAUCAUAUCUUUAUCCUGGGCAAGUUGAAAGCAGGAAGGAAAGGAAGGAAGCUGCUAAAGUAAAUUUUCAUAAUAUGUUUAGAAUUAUUGGAAAUUCUUCAACAAAGUUAUUUAAUAAGUCACUUAAUAACAUACAAAAAGAAAAUAAACACAAUAACACACACAAAGAAAUUUUUUAUUAAAAACUUAAAAGUUUUAAGUUAGAAAUAUUUAAACUUUAAGCUAGUGUUAUUAUAUAAACGUUAUACUUUUAAGAUAGUGUUAAAUUCAAAAAUAUAUUUGUCCUUGCAUCUGUUGCAUAAUUUUGCAUAAUCACAAACUUCACAAUUAGGUCAUAAUAAAAUAUACUCUCUUUAGUAGAGAGAAAGAUUUGGUAAAACAAUUUUAAAAUAAUAAUAAUAAUACCUGCUAAAAUAACAAAAAAAAAAUUUUUUUAUUAUAAAAGUUUUUAUUUUCAUUUUGUUGUUGUUAUUGGUGUCUAUAUUUUUUAUUUUUAUACAAAGUGUGUAUAAAUCAACUGAUAUAGAUAUUAGUACAGUGUACUAAUAUAAAUAUUAGUAUGUGCAUUGACUCUUGGUUUUAGUUUAGGCAACUAAUCUUUUAAUUAAAAAAAAAAGAUAAUUUAAUAGUUUAUGAUUUUAAUCUGGUCUUGCUUUUUAGAGAUUUAAAGCAACAUUUAUGGAAAACUUUUUAACUGCCAUGCAAGAUUGUUAUUUUUUUGAUACAAUUUAUUUAUUUUUUUUAAAUACAUUCAGUUUUUUUUAUAUAUCUUUGUAGAAAGCAUAUAUAUUAACAAGUGUGCAUCUUUUACAUAUUUACAUAACUUUUACAUAAAUACAUAAAAUUUCAAAAUAUGGACCAAAUAAAAUUAUUAUAUCAUGAAGUUCUUGAUGAAACUGCUGAUUGUAUUGAAUCAAUAACUUCAAAUAUGUUUGUCUGUGGAACAUAUCAGCUUGUUGAAAAUGAAAGCAAAAGAAUAGGUACGAUAAAACUCUAUGAGCUUGUUAAGCAACAAGAUAAAAUUGAUGUUAUUACUUGUAAUGAAGUGUCUACAAAUGCUGUUUUAGACAUGAAAUGUUUUUAUAGAGAAAAUGUUUUGAGUGUGGCAGAUUCUUCUGGAAAUGCACUUUUUUACUUGUUAGAAAAUAAAAAAUUGACUCUUCAAUCUUCCCUUCAAAUUGAUUCUGAUUCUUUAUGUCUGUCUACAGAUUGGUGUAAAACAUCUAAUCCUGAUACAUCUGUGUUUAGUCUUUCAAACGGAGAACUGGCACUAGUUAAGUAUUUUGGAUCAUCAAAUCCUGUUUUGUUAAAUAAAUGGAAAGCUCAUAGCCUUGAAGCUUGGAUUGUUGCAUUUGAUAAUUUCAAUUCAAACUUGUUCUACAGUGGUGCAGAUGACUGUAUGCUAAAGUUAUGGGAUUCUCGAGCUGGCUUUCACAAAGCUUUAAUUACAAAUAAAGAGUUUACAAUGGGUGUUUGCAGUUUGCAGUCUCAUAAGUUUAAAGAAAAUAUUUUAGCUGUCGGAAGUUAUGAUGAACAUUGUACUUUGUGGGAUAAUCGUUACUUAAAAACACCCAUAGUUAAAACAAACCUUGGUGGUGGCGUUUGGAGGAUAAAAUGGCACCCAAAUUAUGAUAACAUUUUAUUAACAGCAUGCAUGCAUAAUGGCUUUAAAAUAGUUCAAUAUAUGGAUGAGUUAAGUAGAUCUACUGUGAUACAUUCAUACAAUAGACAUUCUUCUUUAGCAUAUGGGGUUGAUUGGUUAUUAGAUUAUUGUGAUUGUUCAAAAUUGCUUUUAGAAGACCUGUCAGCAGUGAUUGCGAGUUGUAGUUUCUAUGAUAAACUAUUAACAAUUUGGGAAAUGAAUCAAAAUAAACUUUUUAAUGAGGCUGCAGAUUGCAAUAAACAUCCCAUUCUUGAAGUCUUAAAAGAACAGUUAAAUGUUAUAUCAACAAAGUUUACGAGAGUACAAGAGUUUUUAUCUACAAAUCAAUUUUUUUUAAUCUACAAAAAUCUUUGAUAUAGAUAUUUUAACAAAACCUUCAAAAAGACAAAGGCGAAGCUUUGGAAAUAAGCUCUGGAUCUGGACAACACGUCGUUCAUUUUGCUAAAAAUUUCCCGAAAUGGACUUGGCAACCAUCGGAGUAUGACUUGCGAUGUUUAAAAAGCAUAUCUGAGUAUAUUGCUGAAAGUCAGCUUG